AAUUUUUAAAUUUCAGUACUACUACUACUCUACUAGGCUGCGUUUAAGAGUAACAAAGUGGCAGUUCAUUUCUAUCAUCAUCUUCAUGUCUGCAGGUAGAGACCAAGAUGGUGCCUCCGCUGGAGCAGAGCAACGGCGCGAGCGACGCUCUCUUAUUCGAUCGUCUCGGAAAGGCGGUUUUAAAAGGAGGUCAAAGUAAACAUCGUCAUCGUCUUGAAGAUGUUAUGAUAUUCGAUCGUUCUGCAGCGGUACCAAACGAAGUAGAUUGCGUUUUUCCUUUUCGCUCUUGUGAUCAACAGAAGAGCAGCCCCCGCGUUUACAUUGGCACAAAAGAGGCAGCGUAUUCGGAGAAACUACUUGCAGACCUGAAAAUCACUAGUAUUGUGAACUGUCUUGGUGCUAGUAAUUCGAAGAAUAAGUUUGAGCUUCGGACAAAUCAAUUCCGCUAUUUCCGCUUUGACAUUGCUAGCUUUCCUCGUUUGCUGCUAGAGCAUGACAAGAGUGGUGACAGUAGGAGUAGCAGUACCAAUCACAAUACUACUGAAGCACAAGAACAACUACAAGAAGUCUUACGAUUUUUCCGACCCCUCUUCGACUUCGUUGAUGAGCAGCUGAGAGAAGGCAGGAAUGUGCUAAUUCACUGUUUGGCAGGUGCUCAUAGAGCUGGGGCGACAGGAGUGGCGUACUGCAUGUGGAGACGAAGUACUAUGGAAGCAGCACGACUGGAGAACAGCAGGAAGGAUAGCGUAGAUGAAGAGACUAUGAUUAAACAAACGCGAGUAGAUAAAGUUCUACUGAAAGAAGCUUCUGUAGUGAUCGAUGCUGGGGUCGUUGAAUACAACUCUGAGAAAUCCGAUCAUGGGGUCUCUCUGUCUGACGAGGGUCCUCGAAAAAGAAUAAGAAGUUUCUUGCUCUUCACUACGCUAGCAGAGAUUCAGUCUAUUCGGCCUUGUGUGGUACCACCAGAGAGGCUCAUGCGAUUGCUUGAAUUGCUGGAGGUGGCAAUGGAGGUUGGAUUCACCUCUAGAAGCUCUAACACAUCUAAAACUAUGAAGUCCUCUAGGUCUAGUAGUUCUACAACCAUUCCUGAAUCCGAGAACAAAAAUGCAUCACUUCUUCUAGACACAGCACGUGGAAGUAGUACAACCACAACUAGUACAACACAUACAGGCACAAACCACAAGGAUCAUGUUGACAAAAAAGGUUCUGGAGGUCAUGGUGUACAACCACGGCAAACCCGUAGCCGUACUAGCAUGCCAACAAAACCUGAAGACUUGUCAGCUCUCCGAAGGAUCUUGAACAAGAAUAUUACACCUACAUCGAGAUCGAGAGCGAUAUUGGAGGGAGAGGAUUUUUCCCCUUGAUGUGUUCUUCAUCUUCACGAUGAUCGCGCUGUAGGCCUCUUCAUGGAAAACAAGUACUUCAUCUAACGGAAAGAAUUAUACGACCGUACUUCAUCUAAUUCUAACGUGAAGAUGAAGAACACAUCAAAGGGAAAAAUCCUCUCCCUCCAAUAUCGCUCUCG